CUCUCUCUCUCUCUCUCUCUCUCUCUCUCUCUCAUUGUACUGUAUCUUACUGUAGUGUCUCAAGUGUUGCAGUAGACCUUAGUCUCAUUACAGAUGAAGUUCUCCCAGAACUCUUAAGCAGCUGGUGUGGACGUUCAGUUGUUGUUUUAUAGCGUGAACUGAAGACAUUAGCAUUAAAUAGACUUUCUGUAGGUUAUCAAGGCAUACAAUUAUGUUCAAGCCAGCAGAGUGGAAAGUUAUAAUUCUGAUUCUUAUACACAUUGCUGCUCCAGAAUGGAACACUGUCACAGGCAAACCGACUUCUGGAAUCAUCCAGGAGUGGUUGAGAGCUGUGGAUGCCACCAAUGCUGAUCUGAAUCUCAUGAUGAACAUUUUCAAUCACUAAGUGUUUGUGCACAAAGUUA